AUGAGCCACGACGAAGCUGUCAAAGAGGCCUCGGCCAAGCACAGUACUCCCGCCGAGCUGGUGGGCAAGUUCCAGUAUGGUACUGCUGGUUUCCGUAUGAAGGCCAACAUCCUCGACUCGGUCGUCUACCGUGUUGGACUCCUGGCCUCUCUGCGUUCGCGCAAGCUCAAUGGACAAACCAUUGGUGUCAUGAUCACUGCCAGUCACAACCCUCCAGAGGACAACGGUGUCAAGCUCGUCGACCCUAUGGGUGAGAUGCUCGAGGCUUCAUGGGAGAAGUACGCCACUCAACUCGCCAAUGCCGAAUCCGACGACCACCUCGUUCAGGUCUACAACGAACUCGUCAAGACACUCAAGGUCAACCUCGACGCCCCUGCCAGAGUCAUCUUCGCCCGCGAUACUCGUGCUUCCGGUUCGCGCCUGGUCGGAUGCCUCAAUGAUGCUCUGACUGCCACCAAAGCUGAGUCUACAGACUACCGCAUCCUCACCACCCCUCAGCUUCACUACCUGGUCCGUUGCGUCAACACGAAGGGAACUCAGGAUGAAUACGGCGAGGUCAGCGAGAAGGGAUACUACGAGAAACUGGCCGCUGCCUUCAAGCAAGCCAUGGAACACACAAAGCCUCAAGGUCAUUUGACUGUUGACUGCGCAAACGGUGUCGGAGGUCCCAAGCUGCUCGAGUUGCUCAAGUACCUGCCCGCUCCUGCUGAUGGUGGUCUCGAUGUCAAGGUCGUCAAUGACGAUGUUCACAAGCCUGAGAGCUUGAACCACCAGUGUGGUGCCGAUUUCGUCAAGACUAACCAGCGUGCACCCCCUUCUUCCAAGGCUGGACCUGGAGAUCGCUGCUGCUCGUUGGACGGUGAUGCCGACCGUAUUGUCUUCUACUUCCAGGAUGAAAAGAACGUCUUCCGCCUUCUGGACGGUGACCGCAUCGCCACCCUGGCUGCCUCAUUCAUUGCCGAGCUGGCUCGCCAAUCUGGUCUGAUGGACAAGCUUACUGUUGGUGUCGUUCAGACCGCAUACGCCAAUGGUGCCUCGACCACAUACAUCCAGAAGAACUUGGGUCUGCAAAUAGUCUGCACUCCCACUGGUGUCAAGCACUUGCACCACGCUGCUACCCGCUUCGAUGUGGGUGUCUACUUCGAGGCCAACGGUCACGGCACUGUUGUCUUCUCUCCCUCUGCUCUCAAGGCCAUCCACACUCACCAGCCGCAAUCACCCGCUCAGGCCGAUGCUCUCACCACAUUGAUGGCGCUGACCGACCUGAUUAACCAAACAGUUGGUGAUGCUCUUUCUGACCUUCUGCUUGUGGAAGUUAUUCUCGCACACAAGGGCUUCAGCUGUGCUGAGUGGCUGCAGACAUACACCGACCUGCCCAACCGUCUCGUCCGUGUCGAAGUCGCUGAUCGCAACCUGUUCACGACUGUUGAGGGCACUGCUGAGCGUCAACUCGCAAGCCCCACUGGCGCCCAAAAGGACAUUGAGAAGGUCGUCGCCAAGUAUAAGGACGGCAGAAGUUUUGCUCGUGCCUCUGGUACAGAAGAUGCUGUUCGUGUGUAUGCUGAGGCAAGCACACGCGCUGAAGCCGAAGACCUUGCUGCUGCUGUUGCACAGAUUGUGAGAAAGUACGGCGCCAAGUAAAAGUUGGUUAUCAUAUCACGGCUGGAGACUACAUAAUGAAAAGGGGGCGAAAAAUGCAUGCAUUGGAUAAUGGGGGUCUCUGGCGUUGUUUCAAUUGUUUAGUUGUUCGUUUUUGACACUUUAGUUCACUUCCAACCCUGGAUAGAAACAGAACUGCAUUUACCUUGAUC